AAGACCAAACAAAAACUAAACUCUCUCCUCUCCAGUCGCUGCAGCUUCGCUUCCCUUCCCUUCCCUUCCCUUCCCCUGUCUAUACAAAUCUCUCUCUCAAUCUUUUCAUAUAUUAUAUAUAUUCCAUUCCAUCAGCACUCCCUCCGAUCAACUUUCUCUCCGUUUUACGUGUGCCUGUCGCAGAAAUGGUGACGUUCGCCGUAUCCAAGGUCGAGAGCACCCCCUUCGAUGGCCAGAAGCCCGGCACUUCCGGCCUCCGCAAGAAGGUCAAGGUAUUCGCGCAACCUCACUACUUACACAAUUUCGUCCAGUCGACAUUCAAUGCUCUUUCAGCGGAGAAAGUUACAGGUGCUACACUUGUUGUUUCCGGUGAUGGCCGAUAUUUCUCAAAGGACGCUAUUCAGAUCAUAAUCAAGAUGGCAGCUGCAAAUGGAGUGAGACGUGUUUGGGUUGGUCAGAAUGGCUUGCUUUCAACUCCUGCUGUUUCUGCAGUAAUUCGUGAAAGAACUGGACAUGAUGGUGCCAAGGCAACAGGGGCAUUUAUUUUGACAGCAAGCCAUAAUCCUGGUGGUCCCAAUGAGGAUUUUGGGAUCAAGUACAACAUGGAAAAUGGUGGUCCUGCCCCAGAAUCGAUUACUGACAAGAUCUAUGAAAAUACUAAAACAAUUCGGGAGUACUUAAUUGCGGAAAAUCUUCCUAAUGUUGAUAUAACUGUGCCAGGCGUAACAAGUUUCAGUGGACCUGAGGGACAAUUUGAUGUUGAGGUUUUUGAUUCGGCCAGUGAUUAUGUUGCCUUGAUGAAGUCAAUUUUUGACUUCCAAUCUAUCCGGAAACUGCUCUCUUCUCCAAAGUUUAGUUUUUGCUAUGAUGCAUUACAUGGAGUUGCUGGAGCAUAUGCCAAACGAAUCUUUGUGGAAGAGCUUGGUGCACAAGAGAGCUCAUUAUUGAACUGCACGCCCAAGGAAGACUUUGGAGGUGGUCACCCAGACCCAAAUUUAACAUAUGCCAAGGAGUUGGUGGCACGUAUGGGCUUGGGAAAGUCUAAUACCGGAGAAGAGCCGCCUGAAUUCGGAGCGGCUGCUGAUGGUGAUGCAGAUCGUAAUAUGAUCCUUGGAAAGAGGUUCUUUGUGACUCCAUCAGAUUCAGUUGCAAUCAUUGCUGCAAAUGCAGUUGAUGCCAUACCGUACUUCUCAGGUGGUCUUAAGGGAGUUGCCAGGAGCAUGCCGACUUCAGCUGCCCUAGAUGUUGUCGCAAAACAUUUGAAUUUGAAAUUUUUCGAGGUGCCCACUGGGUGGAAAUUUUUCGGCAACCUAAUGGAUGCUGGAAUGUGCUCAGUUUGCGGAGAGGAAAGCUUUGGAACUGGCUCUGAUCAUAUCCGAGAGAAGGACGGAAUUUGGGCUGUCUUGGCCUGGCUUUCUAUUCUUGCCUACAAGAACAAGGACAACCUCAACGGGGAAAAGCUCGUGACUGUAGAAGAUAUAGUUCGUCAACACUGGGCCACCUAUGGUCGCCACUACUAUACUCGAUAUGAUUAUGAGAAUGUUGAUGCAGGAGCAGCAAAGGAAUUAAUGGCAUACUUGGUCAAGCUGCAAUCCUCUCUCUCUGAAGUUAAUGACAUAGUGAAAGGGGUACGUUCUGACAUAUCGAAGGUUGUUCAUGCUGAUGAAUUUGAGUACAAAGAUCCUGUUGAUGGCUCUGUCUCGAAGCAUCAGGGUAUUCGCUAUUUGUUCGAAGAUGGCUCUCGACUUGUUUUCCGCCUCUCAGGAACUGGGUCAGAAGGUGCCACAAUCCGUCUCUAUAUUGAGCAGUAUGAAAAGGAUUCAUCAAAGACUGGAAGGGAUUCACAGGAAGCACUGGCUCCUCUUGUGGAUGUAGCGCUGAAGCUCUCAAAGAUGCAGGAAUUCACUGGCCGAUCUGCCCCCACAGUCAUCACAUGAACAUUCCCCCGCUCAUCUACCCCCAUACUUGGUUGUGUAUCGCAUGAAGAAACUAAGAGAGUAAUGAUUGAUGCGAACGAGUGCCUGCAUCUUGUCAUAGGCCGACACCGUUCAGAAUCGUGUCAUCUUUUUGCUGCUGUUAUAACCACGGAUACUUUUGUGCCGUAUACAUGAGCUGCAAGAGAGCUCCGUUGUCUUAUUAAACAUGUUUUAUCUGCUUUUAGCUUAAAGAAUAAAGUCCGUUUGUUUCGUUGAGACUAAUUUAAUGCGUCGGUAGUUUUGGGUGAGCUGAGCAACACCAACAGGAGUGAGCUUUUAGGGUUAGGAAGCGAGAAAUAGAGUAUACGAGUUCCACUCUCUGCUCGCUGAAGCUCGUUUUUCUUGCAACUUGUGCGAAACCCGUUGCGCAUUAUCCUGUGUAAAUUUGAUUCGGUUGACUGUCGCGCCUUGCUAAAUUUGCCCGGUUGUCUU